CCAUUGGUCAGCCAGACAGAAAAAGGGGUGGGCCAGAUGAAUUAGUGAUAGAACGCUUAAAGGCAGACUUCCUGCAGUGAUCAAACCCUGAAUGAUCUAACAGUCUGCCGUUUGAAGUGAUUAUCAUGCUACGCAACAUAAAGGCUUAUACCCAGCUGUGGGGCUAAUUAGUUCACUUAGGGCCCUUUAUAAAAAUCUGCUAGGGGAUUCGAAGGACAGCCAGUCACUGAGAAGUCAGCAACUUGACAGGAUAGCACCAACGGCAGACCUGGAUCCCUAAAGCUGACCUGCCGGAUCACCUGCUUUUUCUAAGAAUGCCACACUUAAGCGACUGCAGCUACUACAAAAUGCGGGACGCGACCAGAGCUUCUAAAGUACAAAGCCAUCUGGAGAACUCCAAGUUUCAUCUCCAUCAGAGCCAAAGCCAGCCAGUGAAGCAAUACCUGACGUUGGGCUCCAAGCUCGCCUCUACGGCCACGUCCGGUCACGCCGUGCCACAUCCACAUGCCCCCGGCCAGCCGCUGGCCACCAUCAUGAGGAACGGACACAUGGCCGCCGUCAGCGACGGGAGCAACCCCAACAGCCCCGUCACCCUGAUGACGAUGGCCAACCACGACGGCGAGUUUCCCAUGGAUGAAGUUAUCGAUGACCUUAUUAGUCUAGAAUCCGGCUUCAAUGACGGAGGCUUGGAUUGCAUGGAGCCUAACGUCAUAAUGCAAAGCAACGUCUCCCUCAGCAGCAGCAUGCUGGACGUCUAUGGGGGUGAACAAGGUAUGAACCCCCCUAAUGGUGGAAUGAGUCCCACAUCUAACCCCACAAAGCUCACUGUUAAAAGGGAGUUCACAGAGCAUGACACCAGGGUUAUGGCCAAAGAGAGACAAAAAAAGGACAAUCAUAAUUUGAUUGAAAGAAGGCGGCGAUACAACAUUAACUACCGGAUCAAGGAGCUGGGAACGCUCAUUCCAAAGUCGAAUGACCCAGACAUGCGGUGGAACAAAGGCACCAUCCUGAAGGCCUCGGUGGAGUACAUAAGGUGGCUGCAAAAGGAGCAGCAGCAUGCUAGAGAGCUCGAGAGCAGUCAGAAGAAGCUGGAGCAGGCCAACAGGAGGCUGCUGCUAAGGAUCCAGGAACUCGAAAUCCAGGCACGAGCACACGGGCUCCCGAACAUGGCCACUACCCUGGGGACGGUUGAGCUGUCCUCCCACCUCCUCAAACAGCAGCAGCAGCAGCAGCAGCAGCAGCAAUCCCCACCCCCGGCGCAGCAGCCGCAGCCGCAGCUGCCGCCCCUUUACCAGGAGGACGCCAACAGCGACUACCUCCAGAGGAUAGCCGUGGUGACGGGCGUGCCGUCCAUCACCGCCGCCAGCGGCCCGCAGGACCACGUCCAGCGGGCCGACGGCUGCUCCACGUUCUCCGACCCGCUCUCCCAUUUCACAGACUUCUUCACUGCCACGCUUAAGGAGGAGAACCAGCUGGACGAGAUCCUGCUGGACGACCCGCUCUCGCCGUUCGGCGCCGAUCCGCUCCUGUCGGCCGGAUCCCCAGGGGCCGCUUCCAAGGACAGCAGUCGGAGGAGCAGCUUCAGCUCCGCCGAGGGCAAUGACCUAUAGGGGUCCUUCGUCUUUGCUGCAACCCAAUGACUGCGCAGGUCAAAUCCCUACUGGCUAAAGGCGUAAGCAGGCCCUUGAAGACUGACUGAUGAAUCCCCGAUCCUGCUCUGACAACUGCAACAUCAGCAGACAAACUAAGCAGACCCCCCCUUAAAGCGCCAUUUGUUUAGAAAGUCAUAGACUGUUGCAGAAGCUGACAUCGUGUGCUGCUUGAAAGCGACAAUCACGUCCAAAAGACCCAAAUGGUGUCGACUGUAUUAUGGGCAACCGCUGUAUUUUCUCUGCCUCCCACACAGGGCAGAAAGAGACUUCUAUUAAAAAGGGAGACGUUUAUGAGAAAAAAAAAAUGUUAAUUACUACAACUGGCUGUUUUUUUUUUUUUUUUAAAG